CCCCCCCCCCCCCCCCGCCCGCCCCUCCCUCCCCGCUCGACCAUCUCUGCUCUGCCUCUCGAGUCCCUGAGUCCCCGCAGCCGUCUCUCACGCCCAGCCCUUCUCUCACGCCGUCAACAGCCCCUCGCCGUCGACACUGUUGGUCCGUUCUGUUCUCCUCCGCUUCCAGUUGUUCCCGAGGUUACAGAAUCACAGAUAUUGUUUUCCCCUCUCUCGGCGAGCUAAUCGGAAUUGACAAUGGACUAUUAUUUGGUGUGAGAUUAAAUCACCGGCAAUGCAACAAUUGGUGUAAGCCACGGAUCAGUUUGGACUUAUCCAUUAAACAACGGGGCCGUUUUCACUGGAUUUAUUUACUACAACCUCAUCUAUACUAUAUGACGUACCUUUUCCACAACAACAUAUCAACGUUGUUGUUUUUUAUUUGAUUGGCUGGCUCCAUUCUUCUUCUUCUUCUUCUUCUUCUCUAAGAAACCCUACACUAUCUCUCACUCUCAUUGUCUCUCCCAAUUGCUCAAAUGCCAAAACCCUAACGCGCUUUUAGAUACGCCAUGGAUACCCACUCACCUCCAAAGCCUCAAUUAAUCCAACCGCAACUCCUUCAAACCAUAGCCCAAAUCCUGACCUCCUCGAAUGCCCCACUCCAUUCACUGACCCCUUACCUUCCCCACCUGACCCAACCCAUCCUCCUUUCCCUGCUUUCCUCAAAAACUCUAGCCUCCCGUCCUUACACCCUCCUCUCCUUCUUCAGGUUUCUCCAAUCCCACUCUCCCUCGCUCACCGCCUCCCCUAAUUGCCUCCUCUCUAUCCUCCCCUCCCUCUUCUCCCACAGCAAAUUCUCCGACGCCAAGUCCCUCCUUGUCUCCUUCAUCGCCUCUGAUCGCCAGCACCAGCUGCACCGCCUCAUCCUCCACCCUAGUCCCGAGGUCCCCAAGCCCUGUAGAGCACUUCUAGACACUUCCAUUGGUGCCUAUGUGCAGUUGAAACAACCCCACCUCGCCGCACAGAUUUUCAAGAAGAUGAAGCGGCUUCGCCUCCCUCCCAAGUUACUCACCUGCAAUACUCUCCUCAAUGCCCUGGUAAGACACCCAUCUUCUUAUUCCAUAGCCCUGUGCAAGGAAGUCUUUAACGAUGCUGUUAAGUUGGGAGUGAAGCCAAAUACAAACAGUUUUAAUAUUUUGAUAUAUGGCUAUUGUUUGGAGAACAAGUUUGGAGAAGCUCUGGACUUGGUUAAUAAGAUGGGCGAUUUUGGCUGUUCACCCGAUAAUGUGACUUACAAUACGAUUUUGGACGCGUUUUGUAAAAAGGGGAGGUUAAAGGAAGCGAGGGACUUGUUGCUGGAUAUGAAGAAUAGAGGAUUGUUGCCAAACAGGAACACGUAUAACAUAUUGGUCUGUGGGUAUUGUAAAUUGGGGUGGUUGAAGGACGCUGCAAAGAUUAUGGAGUUGAUGACGCAGGACAAAUGGUUGCCAGAUGUUUGGACUUAUAAUAUGCUGAUCUGGGGGUUGUGUAAAGAGGGUAAGAUUGAAGAAGCUUUAAGGCUAAGAGACGAGAUGGAGAAUUUGAAGUUGUUGCCAGAUGCGGUCACUUAUAACACGUUGAUCGAUGGGUGUUUUGAGUGGCAGAGCAGUUCGGAUGCAUUUAACUUGAUUGAGGAAAUGGGUGAGAGGGGAGUGAAGCCGAAUACAGUUACUCACAAUAUAAUGGUUAAGUGGUUUUAUAAGGAAGGGAAAAUGGAUGAAGCAAGUGAUGCUGUGAAGAAGAUGGAAGAAAGUGGGUUUUCUCCCAAUUGUGUUACCUACAAUACUUUGAUAAAUGGGUAUUGUAAAGCAGGGAACAUGGAGAAAGCGUUUAGAAUGAUGGAUGAGAUGGGUAGGAAAGGCUUGAAGAUGGAUGUUGUUACCCUUAAUACUAUUCUACACACUCUUUGUGGGGAGAAGAAGCUUGACCAAGCAUACAAGUUGCUUACUGGUGCCAGUAAGCGUGGUUAUAUUCUUGAUGAGGUAAGUUAUGGAACUUUGAUGAUGGGAUACUUUAAGGAUGAAAAGCCAAGCAAAGCCUUGGAGGUCUGGGAUUCACUGAAAAAGAAAGGGAUCCUUCCCAGUAUUAUCACGUAUAACACUAUAAUUGGAGGGCUAUGCCGGUUUGGAAAAACUGAUCAAGCAAUAGACAAGUUGAAUGAGCUUCUAGAGAGUGGUUUUGUCCCUGAUGAAACUACGUACAACACAAUUAUACAUGGUUAUUGCCGGGAGGGUGACAUUGAGAAAGCAUUUCAGUUCCACAACAAAAUGGUUGAUAAUUCAUUUAAGCCGGAUGUAAUUACAUGUAAUAUUCUUCUCCAUGGACUUUGUAGAGAGGGAAUGCUGGAAAAGGCUCUUAAGCUUUUCAACACGUGGAUUUCGAAGGGGAAAUUUAUUGAUGCAGUUACUUACAACACAUUGAUAUCGAGCCUAUGUAAAGAAGGGAGAUUUGAGGAUGCUUUUGAUCUUCUCGCAGAAAUGGAAGAGAAGAAAUUAGGGCCCGAUCGGUAUACAUAUAAUGCCAUCCUUGGUGCGCUUACAGAUGCAGGUAGGAUUAAAGAAGCAGAGGAGUUCAUGUCAAAAAUGGUUGAAAAUGAAACUCUACAUGAUCAGCCCUCACAAAUGCCCGAGGAAGAUGUGGUAACUCACGAAUCCUUAGAGGAAUCUGAUUCAAGUUCUAUUGCUUAUUCCGAACAGAUCAGUGAGCUGUGUACUCAAGGGAAAUACAAGGACGCAAUGCGCUUUUAUGAAGAAUCAACUCAAAAAGGUGUCACCCUCAAUAAAUCAACCUUAUUUAAUUUGAUGGAUGGGCUGAUCAAGAGGCGAAAGAGUAUAUCAAAGGCUGCUCGAAUGUAGUGACUCCUACAUCUCUUAUGGAUGGUAUCCAAUGGUGUUGCUCAUCAUCAUGCUUCUGCAUGGCUUUGCACAUAGAUGGUAAGAAAUUCAGGUUUUUUUUAAAGCUCACUCAACAAAGGAUAUAGCUCAAGGUGAAAACGGGCUGAUGGAUGAUCUGAUGUUUUCU